AUGGAGGGCCCUCUCAGGUUUCUUCUCCAGUGGUGGCAAGAGAGGUAUCCAUUUUUUCAGGGUCUUCAGCCAUCAUGUCCUUUGAGAGAGAGAGAGACAGACUGUAGAGGAGUGUAUAGAAGCUGGUCCAGUCCUGAACAUCUUGAGCUGGAAGCUCCAAAAGCCCGUAUUAUGUCGCAAAGAGGCUGAUUAGGAUUUGGGGUUUACAAUGAUGGGAUACCUUUAGGGCCAGGAGAACCCUUAAUGGUAACAAAUUAUUUUUUCUAAUAGGGCAUCGGUCACCGGCUUAAGUACUUGUUGUUCUUGGAGAGUAAAAGGUGAUAAGUCCUGUAUGAUCAGUAUAAGUUGCCCUUUGAAUAAUAUUGAGUCAGCAGAAGUUGCUUUACACAAUAUGUCCUCCUUGAGGGAGAAGUGGUGGAGCCAACAAAGUAUAUCAUUGGGGGAGUCCAUUGGGAUCUCCUUUGGAUAAAAACAUUCUGCGCAGCAAGGGGGGAGUGCUGCAAGAGAGUGUGACACUACAGGGUACUAUAGUGGUAGGAACACAAAUCCGAGCCCAUAACUUCCCUUUAAUAGAAACAAAAAGUUUGGUUAAACAGAAAAAAAAUUAAAAAUAGUUUACCAAAUAAUUAAGUUCCAGACAAGGAAAAAGUGCACGAUGAGAAAUAGCACCAAUAUAUUGUAUAUGUUUUAAAUCUCAUUAAAUGUGCUUGGGUAUAAUUAGGAAACACACUUGUGGCAUAGAAUUUUUUUAACAUUCUGUGGUUGUGAAAUUUUAUUUUGAACUUCCGUAGUUUAAGAAAACAAACACAGUCUACAAAGACAAGCAACGAAGGCAUGUAAGUAAUUCCGUUCUCUCCAUUUUUUUUAUCUACUAUUCAGUCUGGUCUGAAUCCAGUGCAAAUGUAACCUGGCAGCACUUUUGUUUACUUAUAGGCUAAGCAUAAUGCUAAAUCCAUAGUAAAUAUUAGGAGUCUGUUCACUAAAUACUAAAAAACAGUUGAAUGUUCAAUAGUCACAAUAAAAGACAUGUCUAGUUAAAUCAGCCAAAUGUGUUCUUCUCUUCUCCGCUUAAGUUCUCUCUUAAAAUCAUCUGAAUUUCCAAAUAACUUGGCUGAUUUGGCUAUUCACAAAUAGCCAAAUGCAACCAAAUUCAAACUUCAUCCAACUUUACUUUGGUUUUGUUGCCUGGCAUUACAGAGAUUAGCUUGUUGACCGAUAGUGAUAAGCUGAUGAUCACAGCAUACACUGCAGGACUAACCUCAGUAGAGCUUAGAUAAGCUAUCAGCAGAAGCAUCCAGCUCUCAGACCAGAAUGUAGGUUGAGGGAGUGUUACCCAGCAGAACCCAGGUAAGAAAUCAAACUGUUACAAAGCAUGCAGUAGUAGUUAUGGUGCUUAGAAUGUUCCUUCAAUAUAGAUUUUUUAUCUCCAUGUUAACUGCUUUUUAUUUGGCACUUUGCAGAGAAUAGCACCAAUUUUGGUCUAUCUACUAUUAUUUGGGUGCAUGAUUGCUAGGGGUACACAUUAUGUUUAUUUGUCACUUGGAAACAUUAGAAAAUAAACUAGAAAUGCUUAGAGACAUUUAUUAGUCAUUUCCCCCCCUUAUAUUAUUAAGAAUCAAUUGGCCCAUCUAGUUGUUUUUAUAAUAAAUUACUGAAAAUGUGUGCUUUUUCAUAGUAGCGUGUUUAGAUCUGAGGUGCGUAGUUUUAGGCUAUUUAGUGGAGCGUACUUUAGCCAAGAUGUAAUAGGAAUCAGCAUUAGUCGAUAUUGCAUGAGCUGUGAUAGGCAGCAUUAGUGUCUUUUUGGGGGGGCACUGUAUAAGAAUUGUGAGAGCUGCGUUGUACAGAUAUUCUUUUUACCAAUUAGCCCAAACAGGUGGGGUCUCAGCCAGGGAGUGGAUCCAGAUAACAAACUCGGGAGCGACACCUCUUGGUUGUGUGACAAAUUCUAAAUGGAUGAUUCAUACAUUCACGCAAACACAGACGUACACAUUUACAAAAAUGCAUCCUUUAGGCAUUCAGCUUCUGCUAUGACACUGCAUUGAUGCCCUGAUUCUUAAAAAUAAGUUAAAUGCCCUUAUGUGUAGCAGGCUUAACAAGUGGUCGCCCUGUCAUUUUUUUUAACAAUUUGGAUUCAGGCAUUUGGGGACAGAGUGUUGGUGACCCUGCUUCCAGGUAGGCUUUAGUUCUCAGUCCUCUCUGGGGGAGCAUUUGCCCAUGUACUUCCUCCCUGGAUACACCACGGGUUUCAAUUUAGGAGCUUGGGUCAUUUGAACUAGGCUUGUGGUGUGUAGUAGGUUGCAAUAUUUGGGGUUCUGAGACCACCUGACUCAAUAGGCUGGUCUAGCUAGUCUCGGAGGCUUUUUUCCCCAUAUGUGACUGUUGAAUAAACAUUGGAAGCCUUGGUGACAAAUGAUUAGCAAGUAAACUGGAUAUGUUCUAUCUAAAAUACUAUAUCAGUUAUGGUAGGAGUAUGACAAACUUGUUCUUUUAAUGACAUUUCAAUAUUCAUCCUUGUCCAUGAAUUAUAUGUGUGGAAUUCACAGUGUCCCUAUUCACAAUGCUGUCAUUGAGUGCACUAUGAAUAUCGUUGCUAUUUUUAAUACAUAUCUUUACAAUAGUAACUGUUUCCUAUGUUUCAUUCACUUCCUUCAACCAGUGUUACUGUACUGGUGGUCUUAGUCACUGUCUAUUUUGUUCAUACACACAAUUUCACUAUAUUUAUGCUCACUAUAUGACAAGCUUAGCAGAUGUAUUUGGAUGUAAUUCCAAGCUUUGGGUGAUGGUUAAGCAGAAAAAGCAAAACAUAAAAUGAAUUCUUUGUAUUUUAGGUGUGA